UAUAAAAAUCAAAACAACACUUUUGUAUACCUUUUACAACAAGAUAUACUAUAUAACAAAAAAAGAGCCAAAUUCCAAAAUGCAGUCAAGCGGGGAUUAUUUUAAGAACUUUAUUCCUGUAAAGAUCUACCAGUCGGCUAGUUCGUUAUAUAUGACCUGCAUAUCGAAGCUACCGCGAAAUUUUAUUCCACCGAACUGCGAUCAGAGAUUAGUGAUCGAACAGGCCUUGGUUUCCGCUGUCGAUGAGGCACUUUAUCCCGACGAAUUUGAAAAAAGGCAGCGUGAAGCCCGCGAGAUGCUCCUUAAAUCGCAGGAGAAUCGGUUAAUCCAGAUGGGCCUCAGCCGGAAUUCCACGGACCUGGAGGCUUUCCUAACGGAGGACGACGGUGAUGAGGAUUACAGAGAGCCAGUGCGUCUCAAAUCAGAGACUUUGCUUGAAGAGUACCGAAACCUAUACGAAAAACCCUCUAAAACGGAUGUUAGGGAAUAUCUACCCCUGAAAGAGAUCAAACAAUACAUGUCCCUGGCACUCAGUUUUUUCAUCUUGGCCUGCAGUGUCUUUAUUCUGAUCAAGUGCGGCCACCAUAACUACUUUCUAUGACCGAUCAGCAAGAUAUAUCGAAUUGUGGCGAAAGCGGCGAGCAAAACAAAACAACAAAUCAAGUAAAUCAUAUAAAGACCGGGAAAAUUGAGGAAAUGCCGCUUAUGUAAAGUAGAAUAUCCGCUGGCAGGCGAACGGAAGGCGAGGUGCGAAAACAAUAAAAACGGACGGAAGUGGACAGGGACGGAAACCGACGACGACGACGACGGUUCCGUCGAUUGUAAUACUGUUUUCCGACCAAUGCCACAUAAUUCCAUUGACCACAUAGACCAUAGACCGGCUACCGGGCUUCAGUCUUCGGUCUUUUGCCAAUUUAUCGAAAUGCUUUUUCCGCUUUUCCGGCGCCGUAAUUGAAUUUCGUUUCGGGGAGGAAAUGACUAAGCCAAAAAGAUCUUUUCACUCCGUGUUCAAGUGGCUCGGUCGCAGGAAGCUCGAUAGGAUGGGUUUUCAAUUGCACAAUCGAAAGACUCCAGAACUCCGGGGCAAUGUUAUAUUUUUUAAUUAGUUCAUUGCCUGCACUGGCGCGAUAUUUCCCACGAAACUCCGACUCCCUUGGGGUAAACAAAUGAAGUGAAUCAACAGAAAAAAAAAAAACAUAUGUAUGUAUAUGGAUAAAGUUUUCGAAGCCACACACAAUGCUGGGUUAGCCACUUGUUGUUCGCUUCUCGUUUGUUUGUUCUGGUCCGAAAGAAUAUGCUAAACAUGUUUGGGGCCAUCAGCAUCAAAGAAUUUAUGAUCGCAGCCCUUUAUCGAACCAAUGCAUGAGGAAAACUUAUCAUUACGACCCACGCAGGUGAGUCAGAAGAGGAGCGGAUGCCAUAAAGUAUCCCAAGCCCAAAUAAGGCGACGUUUUGGACACCAUUAGUAGGUUUAGGAAUAAUAGAAAACACGAGACCCCUUGGUGGAAGAUCUCAAAAGUAUUUCGUAAGCUUCGGGCGGUCCACAGCGGGAAAGUCAAAUUCUGAAAGCGUAAUUACUAUAUUUCGAAUUCAGAUCUCAAGUUAAGGAAUCAUGUUGCGUCGGUCCUCCCAGGGGGCCAAAUUCUUUCCUCACAAUCACAUUGGCGACUUCCGGCC